ACCAGUUAGCCCUCAAAUAGUGUGAAGAGCAUUGGUCCUUUCCAAUUGGCAAUUGGGUAUCCUAAGAACAGAAAAGAAUAGAACCUCUCUCAUUAAACCCUUAUUCGGUCCUCAGUCCUCUUUUCUUGUUUAAUUGGAAGCAGAAACAGCAUCCGUUGAAUGCAACCCAAGCCUGUUUUUUGAAUGUUGAGAAAACACACAGAAGCAAAGCAGAGACAAAUAACAGAGUCAUGCUUCGUUUCCCUUGCCAUAUCCGCAACAAUCAACGCCUCCAUCUCCUCCGAAGACUCUCCUUGUUUUCCUCAAACAGUGCAUUCAUGGUUUCCAAACACUUGCUCAAAACAUCCCCCUCUUCUUUCACUCUGCUGCCUCUAACCCUUUCUCCUAAACACUUAUCCACACCCUCUAAACGCUUAAUACCUUGUCUUUCUUCAAAACCCAUCUACAAAAACCGCUCUUUGUCGCUUAGGUCUAAUGGGUUUUCUUCUCUUACUUAUCUCAAUGUCUCUGCUCCAGCUCCAGCUCCAGUUUAUUCUGAAGACUUGGAAGAGCGGCCCUUGGAUUUGCAUAGCUUGGAGAUUUUGAAGCAUAAAUUAAAGAAGCUUGGCAUUGAUAUAAGUGAAUGUGUUCCUGGGCAUGAAAACCGCUUAAUGUGCCCCUCGUGCAAUGGUGGUGACUCAGAGGAAAUUAGCUUAUCUAUUUUCAUCAGCCAGGAUGGGUGUUCAGCUUCGUGGCUGUGUUUUCGAGCAAAAUGUGGGUGGAAAGGUUACACAAAGGCCUUUGCAGAUGGCAAGUCAUCGUUUGAAAGUUUCAGUCGAAUUAACAAAGUUAAGGUCAAAAGGCAAGUCACAGUGGAGAGUUUGCAAUUAGAACCACUCUGUAAUCAGCUUAUUUCUUAUUUCGCAGAGCGAAUGAUAUCUGCAGAAACACUAAAGAGAAAUGCUGUUAUGCAAAAAAGGACCUGUAAUGAGAUUGCUAUUGCAUUCACUUAUUGGCGUAAGAAAGACCUUGUAAAUUGCAAGUAUCGGGAUAUAGACAAGAAGUUUUGGCAGGAAAAGGAUACUGAAACGAUAUUUUAUGGGCUGAAUGAUAUAGACGAUGCAAGCGAUAUUAUCAUUGUUGAAGGUGAAAUGGACAAGCUUGCGAUGGAGGAAGCUGGCUUCCGUAAUUGUGUUAGUGUCCCUGAUGGUGCACCACCAUCAGUUUCUCAAAAGGAGGUUCCAGCUGAAGAGCAGGACACUAAGUAUCAAUAUCUGUGGAACUGCAAAGAGUACCUAAACAAGGCAUCACGUAUUAUACUUGCUACUGAUGGUGAUCUACCUGGUCAAGCCUUAGCCGAAGAGCUUGCACGUCGCCUUGGAAGAGAAAGAUGCUGGAGAGUUAGAUGGCCGAAGAAAAACGAUGUGGAUUAUUUUAAAGAUGCAAAUGAGGUGCUUAUGUAUUUGGGACCCAGCGUUCUAAAGGACGUAAUAGAGGAUGCAGAAUUAUAUCCCAUACGUGGAUUAUUCAACUUCAGAGAUUUCUUUGAUGAGAUUGACAAAUAUUAUCAUCGGACUCUUGGAUAUGAAUUUGGUGUCUCAACUGGUUGGAGGGCACUGGACGAUCUAUAUAAUGUUGUGCCAGGAGAGCUGACGAUAGUAACUGGUGUUCCCAAUUCUGGGAAGAGUGAAUGGAUUGAUUCUCUCUUAUGUAAUCUUAAUCAAAGUGUUGGUUGGAAAUUUGCUCUUUGCUCCAUGGAGAACAAGGUUCGGGAUCAUGCAAGGAAACUUUUAGAGAAAUACGUAAGGAGACCGUUCUUUGAAGCAAGCUAUGGAAGCUCUGUUGAAAGAAUGAGUGUAGAGGAAUUAGAGGAAGGGAAGAAAUGGUUGAGUGAGACAUUUUAUCUCAUAAGGUGUGAGAAUGAUUCUCUUCCGAGUAUAAAGUGGGUUCUGGAUCUUGCAAGGGCAGCAGUACUCAGGCAUGGUGUUCGGGGACUUGUAAUCGAUCCUUACAAUGAACUUGAUCAUCAGCGCCCAGUUAAUCAGACUGAAACAGAGUAUGUAAGCCAGAUGCUAACGAUGAUCAAACGAUUUGCUCAGCAUCACUCUUGUCAUGUCUGGUUUGUUGCACAUCCUAGGCAGUUGCACCAUUGGAUUGGGGCUCCUCCUAAUCUGUAUGACAUCAGUGGAAGUGCACACUUCAUAAACAAAUGUGACAAUGGGAUUGUUGUUCAUCGGAAUCGGGAUCCUGAGGCUGGGCCUGUUGAUCAAGUACAAGUUUGUGUUCGGAAGGUACGAAAUAAGGUUGUAGGAACUAUUGGUGAUGCGUUUUUGUCUUAUGAUAGGGUGACAGGUGUAUAUAUGGACAUUGAUGAACCACAAAAGAAGCGAUAGGCCAUGGUGCUCAUGCAAUUGCGGAUUGAAAUUUUGUAUGGUUAGGGGAAAUCA